AAGCCUCUGGCAGCAAAACAAAACACUAGCUUAGCUGAAGAGAGAAAGAGAGAAUGACGCCCUCUUACUGCGUGAGGGAGAGAAAGCCAUGUGUGCGUUGGGUUGAGAAGUACUUCAAGGACUGCCUCUGUAAUCUCAAAGACGAAUUCUCGUUCUCUUUCGGGCUCGUCAGUCUCGUUUGCUGGGGGGUCGCAGAAAUUCCUCAGAUUAUCACCAACUUCCACACCAAGUCCAGCCAUGGGGUUUCCCUUGCCUUUCUCCUCACUUGGGUCGCUGGCAGAGAUAUAUUCAAUCUGGUGGGUUGUCUUCUGGAGCCAGCCACGCUGCCCACUCAGUUAUACACAGCUCUGCUGUACACAACAACUACAAUUGUAUUAGUACUGCAAAGCUUGUAUUAUGAUUACAUCUACAAAUGUUGCAGACGAAGUCGGCAGAAAAACAAUUACCAAGAGGAUGAAGAAGAGAAAAAAGCACUGAGACCGAAACCGAGACACGAGUCUGGAGUUGCAAUACCAGAUGGCACGCACAAAACAUCGCCAGCCCCUCGAAGGGAGAUGUUCUAUUAUACGUCAGCGAGAUCUCUGGCUGGGAGCGGCACCCCACCCUUCCGCACCUACAUCCGAGCAGCCAAGAGUGGCCCUUCCGCCCUGGAAUUCAUCUCUGACUCCUCCUCCGACGAUGAGGCUCAUCCGUCUUACUCCAACAACUCUCCCUCCCAACCUCGACCCAUCCCUCGUUCUUUUGCCGCAGGCUAUGGAACAUUUUUAGCAGCAUCGGUUAACUUGCCCAUGCAGGGCAAUGCAAGGAAACUGUUACAGCAGGAGCACGAGGCGCACAGUACCUUUGGUCAAUGGUUGGGAUGGCUCAUGGCUGCCAUAUACAUGGGAGGCCGACUCCCUCAAAUUUGGUUGAAUAUUAAAAGAGGGAGUGUAGAGGGCUUGAACCCUCUCAUGUUCGUCUUUGCUUUGAUUGCCAAUGUAACCUACGUGGCGAGUAUUCUUGUACGAACAAUUGAAUGGGAGAGCAUCAAAGCAAAUAUGCCAUGGUUGUUGGAUGCUGUAGUUUGCGUGGCCCUGGACCUAUUUAUAAUAGUGCAGUAUAUCUAUUAUAGAUACAUCCGAAAGAGAUGGGUAAGGCACGAGAAUGGUGGAGGCUACAAAGAAGCAAGCAAAAGCGGUUCAUCCUGAUCAGUGGACUUGUAAUUGAUGUGUGAAGAAAGGAGGUCCUCCGGUUUGUAGCAUUAGUGGGCCUUUUUUUUUUUUGCCAAAACCAAUGACGCAUUGCUUUCGCGUCAUUCUGCUGUACUCCUACUUUUACUACUAAUCUAAUCCAAGCCGAACAGUGAUAUAUAGCCCAAGUUGGGAGGCUCAUGAAUUGUUAGCCGUUCAUGAUGCUUCUGAAAUCACGGUCGGCCCCUGCUCUGAUGAUUCUAAAGUGGAAAGGGAAACCCACCAACUCCGUCAUUUAAGACCGCACUGAUGCGAUUGAGAAUUUAAAUUUUAAUGA